AUGGAGAAAAAUGAAAUAAGAGCUGUCAUCAAGUACCUCUGCCUGAAAAAAAUGUCUACCAAAGACAUACACAGCGACUUAGAGGAAACAUUGGGGGAGUCUGCUCCUCCAUAUUCCACAGUCGCACGCUGGGCAAAGGAAUUUAAGCCUGGCAGAACCUCCACUGAAGAUGAACAUCGCGAGGGACGCCCUUCCACGUCCCUUACUGGAGAAAACGUCAAAAAAGUGGAAGAUAUCGUGUUGGCCGAUCGAAGGGUGACCGUAAGGCAUGUAGCUGAGGUCACAGGGAUCUCCUAUGGCAGCGUUCAAAAAAUCAUUGUCAACAAAAUGCAUAUGAAAAAGGUCUCUGCGCGUUGGGUACCGAGAAUGUUAACCGACGAGCAAAAAAAGAAACGAGUCGACAUUUCGAGGGUGAAUCUUCAAAAGUUCCAGGCCGAUAAAGAAUUUUUUUUGUCGCGUUUUGUGACCAUGGACGAGACCUGGAUCCACCACUUUGAUCCCGAAACCAAACAACAAUCAAUGACUUGGAAACGAGCUUCCUCACCAACGCCGAAGAAAUUCAAAGUGUCAAGUUCAGCGGGAAAGGUUAAUGCGUCUCUUUUCUGGGAUGCAGAAGGAAUUAUUAUGGUGGAAUAUUUGGAAAAGGGGGCCACUAUAACAGGUUCUUACUACGCAGGCCAAAUAAGAAGAUUGCGAGAAGCUAUUAAGUCAAAAAGACGCGGUAAACUGCGCGCUAGAGUGCUGUUUCACCAAGACAACGCCCCGGCUCACAAAGCCGCAGUUGCGAUGGCUGCCAUUGAAGAAACGGGGUUCGAACUGCUCGAACACCCUCCCUAUUCGCCAGACCUAGCUCCCAGUGACUUCUACCUCUUUCCUCGGCUCAAAGAACACCUCCGGGGCAACAAAUUUGAGGACAAUAGUGAAGUGAUGGCCGCAGUAGAGGCAUUUUGGGAGGGCCAAGACAAAGAAUUUUUUUCUAAGGGAAUCAUGGGCUUAGAAAAAAGAUACACUAAAUGUAUUAACUUGCAAGGAGACUAUGUUGAAAAAUAA